AUGAAAAAACAAGCUGAAUGGAUUAUCCUCGCGUACAUGUGGGAGCAGGCACGGUUUCGCAACCUCAACAUUCUUGGAAUGGAUCCGGGCUACGUUUGGUGUCACUCAGAAUGUCUGAGUAUUUGCCCAAUGAGAAUCAUCCGUGGGUCAAGCAAGCUAGACAGAGCCUGCCCAAGCUACGACCGCGGAUUAUGGUGCGGUAUUGUACCAAUCAGUGUUAUAUAA